AUGGUCCACCUCUCCGGCGCCGGCAGCCUUGCCACCCGCGCCCUCGUCUUUAUGUCCACGCAUCCCUUUGCGUCCCGCGCCGCCGACAAGGCCCAGUACGCAGCCAAUACGGCGUCGGCUGUCAACACGCUGCAGCACCAGUGGUACGACGAUGCUGACGGACUCUGGAACUCGACGGGCUGGUGGAACAGCGCAAACCUGCUGACGACGCUGGCCGACUUUGCCCUGGACGGCGCGGCAUCGGAUUCGGAAAAGGCCGAGCUGGAAGGCGUGUUUGCCAACACGUUUACCAAUGCGCAGAAGGUCGGACAGACGGCCGUCAAGGUCGUGAAUGCCGCCGGCCUCGUGACGUCGACCUACACCAAGACGGCCUCCGGGCCGACGUUUGUCAUUGGGGACCGUGGCGAGCCCGUCAAACUCGCCGCGCGCGACGGCUUUGCCGGCUUCAUCAACGACUUUUACGACGACGAGGGCUGGUGGGCGCUGGCGUGGAUCCGCGCGUUUGACGUCACCGGAACGGCCGCGUACCUCGCCAUGGCCGAGUCCAUCUUUGCCGACAUGAAGACGGGCGCGCAGCCGGCCUCGUGUGGCGGCGGCAUCUGGUGGAGCAAGGACCGCUCGUACAAGAACGCCAUUGCCAACGAGCUGUACCUGGCCGUCGCCGCCUCGCUCGCCAACCGUGCCACGUCUGCCGCGGACCGCGCGUCGUACCUGGCCACCGCCGUUGCCCAGUGGGUGUGGUUCAAGGGCAGCGGCAUGAUCAACAGCCAGGGCACCAUCAACGACGGGCUGACCAUCCAGCCAGAUGGCAGCUGCGUCAACAACGGCCAGACGGCCUGGUCCUACAACCAGGGCGUCGUGCUGGGCGGGCUGGUCGAGCUGUUCCGCGCCAACGGCGACCCGACGCUGAUCCCGGCGGCGGCCGCCAUUGCCAACGCGGCCAUCAAUGCUCUGUCCGAGGGAGGCAUUCUGCACGAGUCCUGCGAAGCCAAUGGCGGGUCGUGUGGCGGCGAUGGGCCCACGUUCAAGGGCGUCUUCUUGCGCAACCUCCACUACCUCCAGCAGGAGCGCACCCUGGACAAAAGCACCGCGCGCGCCCUCAAAGCCUAUGUGCUGCAAAAUGCCGACUCCAUCUGGGCCACAGACCGCGUCGCCGGUUCCAACCAGCUCGGCCUGGUCUGGUCUGGCCCGCCCACCGCCGGCGGCUCUCCGACGGCUGCCACGCAUGGUGCUGCCAUGGACUGUCUUGUGGCUGCUGUGGCGGCUGCGUGA